CGUGCAUCCUAAGUAUGUACUAUAGUCCCCGACUGGACAAUCGACAUGGAAGAGGGCUUUGACGAGGUUAAAUAAUCUAGUACUUGCACUGCGGCAACGAUUUGCCUUAUUUAGGCGGAGCACGCCCAGGCCGGACUCGAGGUUUGUUGAUUCAGAAGGUACCUUUUACACCUUUUUAUGUAACUUACCUGGCCGCUGUGAUUUUCCGCCAUCAUGCCUGAAAUCAUAGACUUAACAGUGUCUCCCCGAUUACCAGAACCUAUCGAAAUAUUGUCCGACGGGGAAAUACCACCGGUCUCUCCCAACCAGGAAGAUUCUUCCUCACAAAAGACAAGGCGAAGGCCGCGAAAACGGAAGAAAUCCAAAGGCCCUACAUGCGAUGGCGUUGACCGCUCAAGAAACCAGUCUCUCGAGCGUCGAAGUACUGCAGAUUCUCGCGUUGAAACUGUUUCUCGAAGGCGAUCAGCGUCUCCAAAACGCCGUUCACCAACCCCAAGACUUUCUGACCAGGAAUUAUUCUUCUUUGACGCCGCCCCUGCUCCCGUGGUCACAGAGCCUACGCAGAUUUCAAAUUCUCAACCAGAGAGCUCCAAAAGCGCAGCAGAUCGACUUCUACUUCCCUCCCACGUGUCUGUUUUGAGCGGCGGCGAGGAAGGUGCAGUGGCAGUCGAUAUCAUCCCCCCAUUACCCGUAGAUUCUGAGGAGGAAGAUUACAUUGAAUAUCUUGACUAUGAAGACAGGAAGGCACCUGGGCUUGUUCGCUACUUCGAAGCGGAGGCAGAGGAGGCGGCCCAUGCUAAACCGUCGCGCUCUGUAUGCAAGAAUUGCGGUGCAGAAGGAGAACAUAAGACGUAUCAAUGCCCAGUUCAAGUGUGUCUGACCUGUGGUACUCGUGACGAACAUUCAACUCGAAGCUGUCCUAUCAGCAAGACUUGCUACACCUGUGGGAUGAAAGGUCAUAUUAACAAGACCUGCCCAAAUCGUUUCUCGCGUUCAAGGCUCGCAGCAGAUGCGGACGAUGGUUGCGACCGAUGCGGAUCGCAAACUCACAAGAUGAAUGAAUGUCCUACGCUGUGGAGAAUAUACCAAUAUGUUGCCGAUGAGGAUCGCGUUAAUAUCAUGCAGACCAGGGAGGAAAAAAAGAAACUGGCACUUGGAAAUGGGGGCGAGGGAUACAUCGCAUUGGAGGAGUGUUGUUAUAAUUGUGGAAAUUCAGGACACCUGGGAGACGAUUGCGAUGAGGUCGCUUUCGUCUUUGACAUACCCGCUGAGCCUUCGGCUUUCAGCUCGCACAAUAUUAUGUCUGGGCCAUUCUAUGACCCGGCAUCCGAGCCCGUUCGAGUUCGCCGUGGGCCGCGAGAGUCGCAGAACGAAGAUGACAGACCCGCCUUACGUGAAGACUGGGGUAUGGAUGCACCUGUUAACGUUGGAAAACAAGGGAAGAACAAGGACAAGGAAAAGUUGGCGAAGAGGUUCAGAGAGCAAGAAGAUGAUGACACAGGGGAUUGGUUCAACAACCCUCGUAACAUGAAGAAUCGUGGCAAUGACAAACCUGCGUCAAAUGGCCGAAAGGCUAUAAAAUUCGGCAAUUCGAUGAAGGAUGUCGGGCGCCAGUUUAUGCCACUCCAAUCAGCAACCCCUCGCAAAAGCCUUCUUGAUCGAUUAGGAGACAGUCCUCACCGUGGUCAUCGACGGCGGAGCGGUGACCACUACGGUUCAUCAAAGGAACCAGAGUCUUACCGAAUACGUGGAGCGUCGCACAAUUCUAGAGACCGGGAUGGCGAGUAUUCUCGUAGUAACUCAGGUCGUGAACGAGAGCGGCAGCGGCGAGAUUCGCGAGAGUGGGACAGAGACAGGGACCGGGGACAUGGAUGGGGGAAUGAACCCAGGUAUAAAGGUGGUUACAGUAGAUAAUUGAGUUCGAGCUUGCCUCGUUUUAGGAAUCAGGUUGUAUACUAGGAUCUGCAUCCCACACAACUGGGGGACGCACCCCUAGUGAACAAUCAGAUCUCAAAUCCUAGUAGAGCUUAGGUUUGGCGGAUCCUUCAUGUUAUCUGUCGAGCUUGGUUUAGUUUAGUUGAUAUCCAGCACC